AUGGAUGCAUACCGCAUCGCCAGUAUCUUGGAAAGGAGUCUGGCCCUUUCCUUCAACUACGACAAGACUUCAUGGUGGCAAACCUCAGGGGCCGCGGCAAUUGUGGAGAAAACAAAACGCAAGCAAUGCGAUGGAGACGCAAGGGCUGAAAUAAAUUUACAGACAAGGAGAAAUAGAAGCAAAUUUCAAGUCUACAAAGGGCGUUCAGAAAGUACAUGUCUGGCCGACCAAACAGGCAAUGGAAAAUCUCAGGUCAUUUCCUUCCACUUUGAAACAUCUUCAUGGCAGAGUACAUCCAUAUUCCCAGUCGACAUGUCAAUAGCGACAAUCUAA